AUGGUGGACCGUUUAGUGAACAGUGAGGCCAAUGCUCGAAGGAUUGCUAUGGUUGAGAGCUGCUUCGGCAGUUCUGGACAGCCUCUGGCAGAACAAGGCAGGGUCCUUGUGGGAGAGGGUGUCCUGACAAAAAUGUGCCGCAAAAAACCGAAAGCCAGACAAUUCUUUUUGUUCAACGACAUACUUGUUUAUGGGAAUAUUGUUAUCAACAAGAAGAAAUAUAACAAACAGCAUGUUAUACCUCUUGAGGAGGUGAAGCUGGAGUCACUGAAGGAUGAUGGACAACUUCGCAACGGCUGGUUAAUCCGCACCGCGUCCAAAUCAUUCGCUGUGUACGCCGCUACAGCCACCGAGAAAGAAGAAUGGAUGGCCCAUAUAGAAAAAUGUAUAGAAGAUUUGCUAAGGAAAAGUGGCAAGCAACCUCCGUCAGAGCAUGCGGCGGUGUGGGUGCCAGAUAAUGAGGCCUCCAUCUGCAUGCACUGCAAGAAGACACAGUUCACUGUCCUCAACAGGAGGCACCACUGCCGUAAGUGUGGGUCUGUGGUAUGUGGCCCGUGUUCGUCCAAGCGCUACAUUCUCCGCGGACAGAGCGACAAGCCGCUCCGGGUGUGUCUUCAGUGCUACGACGAACUCAACCGGGAGCGCGCCCGCCCCACCCAGCCACAGCCUGCUAAUAUCACGCCCGUAAAAGACACGGCCGGUUCUGGUGGAGAUUCUUCAGCUGAUGAGGAUAGCGAUGAUGAUGACGACCGCGUCACUGCCGAGGAGAAACAUGAUGAGCCAAAGUUCUACGGUGACAGUGAUAAGACUGAAGAGACCAACAACCAUUCGUCCAAGGAUUCCGCUAAGUGA